AUGGAGGGCACUGCGGAGCCCAACGGUUACGACCACCAACAGACCAACGGUCACAACGGCGAGUCCAACGGUCGCACCGAGCCUGACUACACAAAGUCUUUCGACAACCCCUAUCAAGUCACGGAACCCCGUGAGGGAUAUCGUCAGGUCAACGACACAUUUGACCCUGUCACUGGCGCUUACCCCCGCAUCUCCCGUCCCGUUGAGCUGAUCCGCCCGUCCUAUGACGUUGUUGUCAUCGGCUCCGGAUAUGGUGGCGCGGUCGCCGCCAGCCGCAUGGCACGUGGAAACAAGAAGGUUUGCUUGCUUGAGCGUGGCAAGGAGAAGUGGCCCGGCGAGUUCCCCUCUGAGAUCAUCCCGGCCGUGAAGGAACUUCAUACUACCAACGCAGCCACGGACGGUCUUCUUGGUGGUAUUGGAAAGUUGGGCACCGGUGGUGAUCCGACUGGGCUUUACCAUCUCAUCGUCGGCGAUGGCCAAAAUGCCUUUGUUGGCAAUGGCUUGGGCGGAACGAGUUUACUUAACGCCAAUGUCUUCCUCGAAGCAGAUGAAGGGGUUCUGAACCUGCCCAUCUGGCCCGAGGAGCUACGCCCAGGGGUACUGAAGCCAUAUUACAAGCGCGCCGCCGAGGUCCUGGAGCCUAAGAAGUAUCCAAAGGACUUCCCCAAGCUGCACAAGCUAGAGACGCUCGAGAAGCAGGCCAAGCUCAUGGGCUGGAGCGAGAAGUUCGACCGCGUACCCCAGACUACCCGCUUCGAGGAUGGCGAGAACAGCACUGGUGUCUACAUGCGAGCCUCUACGCUUAGUGGUCAAGACACUACCGGCCUCAACGAUGGCAGCAAUGACGCCUGGAACUGGGGUACCGAGAUGUUCUGCCAGUGCGAGGUUCGGUACGUCACCAAAGCUCAGGAUCGCGAGGGCUAUAUCGUGCACUUUGCGUGGCACGGUGGAAAGCGCGCCAACUUCAAGGACCUCUUUUACGAGGAUCUAAUGUGGGUUCACGCCAAGGAGCUGGUUUUCUUCGGCGCUGGCAGCAUCGGAACUACAGAGAUCUUGCUCCGCAGCAAGCAGUUCGGCUUGGACAUGAGCCCCGACGUGGGACACGGAAUGAGUGGCAACGGUGACAUUCUCGCCUUCGGUUACAACACUAGCGAGUAUGUCAACGGCAUGGGACGUGAAGACCCCCCACCAAACCGUCCUGUUGGGCCCUGCAUUACGGGUAUCAUCGACUGCCGGACAGGUGUGGAGAACCCUCUGGAUGGCUUUGUCGUCGAGGAGGGUGCUAUUCCCGCCGCUCUCGCGCCCUUCUACCAGGCAAUGCUCACUUAUUUGCCCGGCAGAGUUUUUCCAGAGAACAUUUCCAUCAAGGGCGCUGUCGGUCAUGUAACCGCUGCUGUUGGAAGCCGCUUCUUCGGACCCUACUUCCCCGAUGGCAGCACUGAGAAGACGCAGUGCUACCUCAUCAUGUCACACGACAGCAGUCAAGCUACCAUGCAGCUUGACAAGGACAGACCUCUCAUCAACUUCUCGGGCGUCGGAAAGUCGCACAGAGCCAAGAAGCUGGCGGGCUACUUGGCCAAGCUGACCAACCUAAUCGGCGGAAUCUACGUCGACAGCCCGUUCUAUGCCGCAUUUGGCGAGAAGGAGAUCACCGUCCAUGCCAUUGGUGGAGCUCGUAUCAGCAACGACGGAACUGGCGCCAACGGUGGCGUGAACCACAAGGGUCAAUUGUUCAAGGGUGUCGAAGGCGAUGUGCACGAGGGCUUGAUUGUUUGCGAUGGUACUAUUGUUCCUGCGGCUCUCGGUGUCAACCCGUUCGCGACAAUCACGGCCCUUGCGGAGAGAUCUGUUGAGCACAUCGCCAAGGACUUCCAUAUCGAUGUCGAUCUCAAGACCAAGAACGGCUCUCUGAACUUGUUUGGUCAGCCUGCACACGACCCCUUCAAGGGCGAGCACCCGCCUGUGGCUAGAGUUCAGGAGAUCAUUAAGACUGCUAGAGAUGAUAUGACUCCUGGCAUCGCCUUCACCGAGACUAUGGACGGAUGGAUCCACUUUGGAGAAGAUUCCGAGACAUUGGACUUCCAAAGGGCUACCUUGACUGCCAAGAGCCGCGGCGAAUAUGCUCGUUUCUUCCUCAGCGCCAGGUCAUGGAACACUCACAACCUUGUCCAUGACAAGGAACACGAGGCCAACCUUACCGGUACCUUCACCUGCCCAGCUUUGGGUGGUACUUCCAUGGUCCAGGGCGGCAAGUUCAACUUGUUCAACGACGACCCCAGAUCGCCUGAUACCACCAACCUGACUUACAACUUCCUCAUCUCACAAAAGGAUGGUAAAAAAUUGCACUUCAACGGCUACAAGGUUGUCAACUCAGACGUCGUUUUCAACCCUCUCAACCUCUGGAAGGCCACGACCACUCUUUACUGCACCAUUACUGAGGUUGACGAGGAUGAGCAACCCGUCCAUAACAAGGUUCGCGGUAAGGGUGUCAUCCACAUACGCCCGACUGCCUUCCUCCAAGAGUGCACCACCAUGGAGGCAACUGGAUCCAGCCUCUACGCCAAGGUCUCUUCCACCGCCAACUUCCUCGGGUACUUCACCGCCAAAGCGGCUGGUGCCUUCCUCACGCCUUUUAUUCCUCAGAUCUGGCCCAGUCUUCCCUUCAACAGCUAUCAAAAUCCCACACCCUGGUCUGAAGAGAUCACAGUCGAGGCCAACGAUCGCGUCAAAACCAAGCUUUACAUGUGGGAGCCGCAGACUAUUGGCGGCGAUGCUAGCAAUGCCCCGAUUUUGUUGUUCAUUCCCGGCGCCGCCCUCGACCAGCAGAUCUUUGCUUUGCCUACCAUUGAGAAGAACGCGGUCAACUACUUCCGAGCCAAGGGAUACCGCGUGUACUCCAUGGUCCACCGUGUCGGCAAAACCAUUGUUGCUCAACAGAACUGGACCACAUAUGACGCCCGCCGUGAUAUCCAGGCGGCUCUCAAGAAGAUUCGCAAGAAGCACGCCAUCGUUGACAGGCUGGAUGGUAGCGGCCCAUCGACGACGACAUACGUCGUAGCACACUGUGCUGGAUCUCUUGCCCUUGCGUCAGGUCUGCUUGACGGAAGCAUUCCGCGGCAAUGGCUUAGUGGUGUUACCGCUUCUCAGGUCUUCAUGAACCCCAAGUUCUCCAAGGUCAAUCAUGUCAAGGCUAGCCUCCCCAUCUCCAUGGCCAACAUCUACAACCUCAUUCAGGGCAAGUGGUUUGACUGCACCAGCACACCUCGUGAUGGAUACAUCCAGCAAGGUAUCAACCAGUUGCUUCGCUUCUAUCCCGUUGGUCAUCGCAAUGAGAUUUGCAAUUCCGUCGUCUGCCAUCGCAGCUCCCUUGCUUUUGGCCGGCUCUGGUCUCACAAGGGACUCAACGAGGCCACUCACUCUCAAUUAGAGAACUUCAUCGGUGGAGCCUCAAUGGCGAACUUGAACCACCUGAUGUACCAAGGCACUCACGGUUUCGCGACCGACUCGCAGAAUGAGAACCUCGUCACACCGCAGAAUAUUGCCCGCCUCAAGGGCCUGCCCAUCUUCUUCUUCUCUGGAUCCGAGAACGAGGUCUACGCGCCCGAGAACACCGACACGUCCUUCACCACUCUCACCGAGGCCAACGGUGGCGUCUGUUACGAGAGACAGGUGUUCCAGCACCGUGGCCACUUGGACGCGUGGAUGAGCCCGACCGCCCACAAGGACAUUUUCCCCCGUGUUGAGCAGCACAUCCAAAACGUCAUGAACGAGAAGUAUUCACGACUUGAAAAGUAUACCUCGGGAAACCUGCUUGGUUUGAAGAAGUGA